CAGGAUGUCAAUCGUCUGUUUUUUCAAAAAUUAGUAUAUUUCAACGAUGUCUAUAAAAACAAAACAGAGAAUUAAUUUGGAAAAAUUGAUGAAAAAUAUAGACAAACCUGUUCAUAUUCCUGAACCUAGUAAAGACAGAAAGCCACCACAACCACCAGAAUAUGUUAGGAACGUAAUGGGCUCAAGUGCAGGUGCAGGAAGUGCGGAAUUUCAUUUAUAUAGAAACUUAAGAAAACGAGAUAUGAUUAGAGAAGAUAUAAUGAAAAAUCAAAUUAAAAAGGAAACAAAAGAAAAAGAGUUUCAGGAAAAUUUAGAAAAAAUAAAUAAGGAAAAAGAAACAAAAAGGACAAAAAAAAGGGCCAAAAGGCUAAAAUUAAAAGCAAAAAUUAAAGAAAGAAAAAAAAACAUAAAUCAUAUCAAAGAAAUCAGAUUAAUAUCAACUGAAAACAUAGUACAUUUUCAGCAAGAUAAUGAAUCAGAUAAAUUUCCUAACAAUGAAUUACAUCAUAUAAAAACUCCAUCUCAAUGAGAAAUUCAUUGUAUUAUUUAAAUAAACAUGUUUUAUUCCUUUGUUGACAUUUAAUUUAUUAUAAAAAAUAUAAUUAAAUAAAUAAAAAUAAUAAUGGUUUGGUUUGUUUAGUAAAAAAACAGUUAGAAUUGUCUGAUAAAUUCUCUAAAAUAUUUUUGUGGUUAUACCUAGACUUGUUCAACACCAUGUAAAUCUGCCAUCACAUAUGAUUAUUGAUCAUAUGGGUUUAUAUAUUCUUGAUUAUUAUUAUGGGAUUACUCACUA